UUUUCAGAAAGCUGAAAACUAAGUCUGAUAACAAGAUGUGUUUCGAUUGUAAUGCGAAGAAUCCGACAUGGGCGUCUGUCACGUAUGGGAUUUUUCUCUGCAUCGAUUGCUCAGCUGUUCACCGAAGCCUGGGUGUUCACAUCAGCUUCGUGAGGUCUACAAAUUUGGACUCGUGGACCCCAGAGCAGUUGAAGAUGAUGAGUUUUGGAGGAAACAACCGUGCACAGGCUUUCUUUAAGCAGCAUGGAUGGACUGAUGGAGGAAAAAUUGAGGCAAAGUAUACUUCAAGAGCUGCGGAGUUAUACAAACAAAUACUUUCAAAAGAAGUUGCCAAAAACAUGGCAGAAGAUUCUGGUUUGCCCGCAUCACCUGUUGCUUCUCAGUCUAUGAAUGCUGUUAAUGGAUUCUCUGAAGUCAAGCUCCCUGAAGCUCCAAAAGAAAGUCUUAGUGAAAAACAUGAAACUCCUGAAGUUGCUGCUUCACCUAGAGCUCCUUCUCAUACAGUUAUUGCCAGUUCUGUUAAAAAGCCCCUUGGUGCAAAAAGGACUGGAAAGACUGGAGGACUUGGUGUCCGGAAGCUUACUACAAAGCCAAAUGAGAGUUUGUAUGACCAGAAGCCUGAAGAACCAGCUCCUGCAGUGGCAACUUCAGCCAAUGCUACACCAACAUUUCCUUCAUCUUUUCCUUCUCGCUUUGAUUAUGUGGAGAAUGUCCAACCUGAUGAGACCAGUUAUGGAGGGGCACAUGUGAUUAAUCACGUUUCCCCUCCUAAGUCAUCAAGCUUCUUUGCUGAAUUUGGGAUGGACAACGGAUUUCAGAAAAAAUCCAAUUCUUCAAAAGUGCAGAUUCAAGAAACUGACGAAGCAAGGAAGAAGUUCUCCAAUGCCAAGUCUAUCUCAUCAGCCCAGUUUUUUGGGGAUCAGAAGAAAGCCGGUGACAUGGAAGCUCAAAUAUCAUUGCAGAAGUUCUCGGGUUCUGCGGCCAUCUCCAGUGCUGAUCUCUUUGGUCAUAAUGCCGAUGAUUCCGCACUAGACCUGACAGCAGCUGAUCUCAUCAAUCGAAUUUCCUUCCAGGCAACACAGGAUAUUUCAUCCCUUAAGAACAUUGCAGGGGAGACGGGGAAGAAGCUCACUUCUCUGGCUUCUACUUUCAUAACAGAUCUUCAGGAUAGAAUCCUUUGAGGAAGUAACUGCGUCAGCAUCAAGAUGGUCCAAUGUUUGUGUACAAAGAUGCCUGAUGAACUUUUUACUAGUAGUAGUUAAAAAUCUAGUCAAUGUUAAAACAAAAUUUCGAGAAUUCUUUGGAGACAAAAAUAAGAUUUAAACCUAGUUGUUGCUACCCAUUGGGUGGUGCAAGCUUUUCUUGUA